AUGGCUAGAGACUGUUUUCAGCUACACUUGGAUGAAAAACAAAAACUAAAAGCCUUCUUUAAGUCUGACUUCAAUAAAGUAGCACUUACUACUGAUUGUUGUACUUCUAUUCAAAAUCAAAACUACUUAACCCUUACAUCACACUUUGUGGAUAACAAAUGGAACUAUGAAAAGAGAAUUAUAAGCUUCACAGUUAUUCCAAACCACAAGGGUGACACGGUAGGUAGGAAGAUUGAAGAGGUGUUAAGGGAUUGGGGAAUUAGGAAUGUGUCUACCAUAACUGUUGAUAAUGCAACUUCAAAUGAUGUAGCUGUAACAUAUUUGCUUAGAAAAAUAUCAACUAUGAAUGGGAUGACGGGGGAUGGAAAAUGUUUUCAUAUGAGGUGUGCUGAUCACAUAUUGAACUUGGUGGUAAAUGAGGGUUUGAAAGAUAAGAAUUUGUCUAUUACUAGUGUUAGGGGUGCUGUUAGAUUUGUCAAGUCCUCCCCUCAUAGGGCCGUCAAGUUUAAAGAAUGCAUUGAAUUUGCUGGAAUAACUUGUAAAAAACUAGUAUGUCUCGAUGUUUCAACUCGUUGGAACGUGACAUAUUUGAUGCUUGAGGCUAUAGAGAAGUUUCAAGCUGCUUUUGAUAAGCUUGAGCAUGAAGAGUCGAGCUAUAGGGAGUUCUUUGGAAAAGGUAGUCCUCUUAGUAGUGAUGAUUGGGACAUUAUUAGAGCCUUUAUCUCUUUUUUAAAGUUAUUCUAUGAAGCAACUAAUGUUUUUUCCACCUCUCAAAGUGUGAGUUUGCAUAGUGCUUUUCACCAAGUGUGUGCGAUCUAUUGUGAGCUGAAGCAAACUACUAUGAACUUGAAUGGUGUUUUUGCAAGUGUGGGUGGGGACAUGAUGGAAAAGUGUAAUAGAUAUUGA